UCGUGAUACCCUUUAAGCGCCAUGUCGCCCACCCCUAAAAAACAUAUUUCGUCGCUAAAAGCCGAUUCCGUGUCUGAUUCAUGCGAUGCUGUAAAAAUUCCGACGGUCGUGAAGGCAGCACGGAUGAUGCUGUGUUAGAUCCAUAUUACCUUGUUAGCAGGUUGCAGGCGGCACAGUGCGGCUUCAGGGACAUGUCCCACCCUGUUUAACACAAACCGAGGACUCGCUGGCUUUAUUCUAUCAACUCCACACUAACAGGACUAAACUACACAGAGUUUGGGCACCAUGACGACGCGGUCGGAGAGAGAAAAAGCCCAGAAACUGAACGAGCAGCAUCAGGCCAUUCUGUCCAAACUGCUGAGGGAAGAAGACAACAAGUAUUGUGCUGACUGCGAGGCAAAAGGUCCUCGAUGGGCGUCAUGGAACCUCGGGGUGUUCAUGUGUAUCCGCUGUGCCGGCAUCCACCGCAACCUGGGUGUCCACAUCUCCAGAGUCAAAUCUGUCAAUCUGGACCAGUGGACACCUGAGCAGAUCCAGAGUAUGGUGGACAUGGGCAACGGCAGAGCCAAACAGCUGUAUGAAGCCCACCUACCAGAGGGCUUCAGACGGCCACAGACAGACCAAGCAGUGGAGGUCUUCAUCCGGGACAAGUACGAGAGGAAAAAGUACUACAACAAGGAGGCGCUGGCUGCCGCUCCACCCAAGUCCUGUGAAGCUGCUCCUCCCUCCGCCUCGCCGUCCUCCCAGGCUGACAGGAGCAGACAGGAGAAGGAACGUGAAAAGAAGAAGAAAGAGAAGGAUGUUGAUAAAGUGGAGAGACACAACAACACAAAGAAACCCUGCUGCAAGUUGUAA